AUGUUGCUUUUGACUGCAGUGUUUGGCGUCGUCACAUAUCCUGAAGUGACGAUAAGUAAUAUAAUUCCCCGUCAAGAUACAGAUGGAAAUAUAAUGGAUGCUCAUGAGGGUAGUAUCUUGCUGUAUGACGAUCUCUAUUUUGGUGCAAGUUACGGCCUAUGCAAAGAACCUCCGGGUCCAUCAGGUUGUACUGUAUGGAAUCCAGGUGGAUGCGGUUAUCAACUCAAUCAUAAUGUUAGUCUCUAUACUUCGGCGGAUCUUUCUGCCUGGACGUUUCGUGGAUACAACUUUCAAAUGUCUUCAAUGAAGAAUCAAGGAAUAAUGUUCGUCCCUCACAUUUUAUUAAAUCCGAAAACGAAGAAAUGGAUCGUGUGGUUUAAUUUUUUGCUAGCUGCAGGUACAGGUAUCUCGCAGACGCAAUAUGCGGUGGCCAUAUCGGAUACACCACAAGGUCCCUUUCAACUGUUCACUGAUAACGUUACUAUCCCAGCAUGGGAAAAUACGGGAGAUUUAAAUCUCUUUCAAGAUGACAACGGAGAUACCUAUAUCAUUUAUACUGCGCAUAAUGUCUGUGGAGAAACUGUCUGA